AUGGCUCGCGGUCGGCCGGACGGCAAGUUGGAGCUAUGCCAUCCGAGGACAGCAGCUCUGGUGGUGAGAUCUCGGGUGCUGGAAUCGAUUGUGACGAUGGAGAGGAGGCAGAUUAUGCUGCCUGCUCGGCUGGGCCGUGCGGGUAUUGUGGCCGCUGUCUGUACUGAGUUGUUCCAUGGUGUUUUAUGCCUAUCCAAGUUCGGAAGCACCUAG